AUUAGUAUUUAAAUAUACAAGUUAUACAAAAAAGUACUUUGUGAUUGAGAAGUACAGUAUAUGGCACUUUGUCUGUGCACUAUGUAAUACGUGCAUAUGUGCCCGUUCCACUCAGUGCGGUUUCUGAAUAUGGCUGUAGGAUUUGGCAGUCUCCGCACUGUAGUCUUCACUUUGUUCAUUUUAUCAUGUCACGUUACCCAGCGCCCUUUGCUUUUAAAGCAGUCAGGAAAGGGUGAAGGUUCGGGUUUAGCUUCUGGUAACAUAGCUAGUUGGAGGUUAUCAAAGACUGCGUAGCGUUACCUGUGGUUGCGGGAGUGCUUUUAAUAAGCAGUGCUUUCUGAUACUCAUCUUGUCAUUCUCAAGUCAAAGCGGUCGUAGCGAAGGCGUGUUUUCAGAAGCGAUGCUUCCCGUUUCAGUGGUGUUAAAUGUGAGUGUUUUGCUGGUUUGUGCAGCAGGGUGAGCACAUUAAGUACCAGCUGUACCGGAUGCCCAGUACAAUACAGCUCUGUUCUCUGUGAUUCUAACAAUAUUAAUGAACUGGACUCGAUUCAUAGAAGUGGACUGUUCCAAUUACUAACAUAUUUAUUAUUUUAUACAAAUAAAUAAUAUUUAUUUAUAUGACAAGGCUCAUUAAAGGCAGACGUCUGAUAAGUGAGUUUCCCCCAUAAAGACUGUGCAGUUUUAAAUGCUGAGACCAUUUACUACAUUCUGUACAUAUUUUUCAAACACACACCCACCUAUAUAAAUAAUUUUAUCAUAAUCAGUAUGUAGCUAUCAUUCAUUUAUUCUUGACAUUUUGAGGUUUUAAGCUCACACUACCGGUUUUGAAUUAUCUGAUCUUUUUUUUUUUUUUUUAAUAUAUAAAGUUGCCCGACAACAAAAGGUUUUUUCCCAGCCACUCAGUUUGUUACAUAAACGAACUUUUAAAAAAAGGUGAAGAAGCAGAGAAGGCUGCUCACUGUGAUUUAGAAAGACAUGCUUGGGUUGCUUAGUAAUGAACUGUGAACUGGCUGUUCAGGGUGUGAGAUUCUAGUCCUUUGUGUCAUUGUGACUGUAGCACAGGAGCCAUUAAUAAAAGAAAGUAUGAUGAAUGACUUUCUGGGCUCGUAUGACCUAAAUAGGGGCCUCAGAGGGCCCUCAAAGUUUUCAGACUGUGUUCUUAGUUAUGUUAAAUCACCAGUUCAUAUUUUCAUUCAUACAAGGGUGAGAGAUCGAGCGUUUUAAUUUAUUCUUUAAUUAAACGUGCAUUCAAUUUAACAACAGAAUGACCAGGCAACUCAGAUCUUUGUAUUUAGAUGUUUAAUUUAGAUUUAAACAUCUGUAUCUGACCAUUUUAUCAUAUGUCAGACGGUUAUAAUUCUUUUUUUUCCCUCCUUUUAGUUAAAAAGAUUACAGUUGCAAUGGUACUGUGUUGCGAUUCUUCAUUUUGGUAGAUAUCCGUUUGGAUUACUCAGUCUAUAUAUUCUAGCUUUCAUGUUUGCCUGGUAAGGUAAACUGAAUUCAUUGUAAUAAACUGUUUUAAAACCUUUUUGAGCUCUUAGCUGACCGACUGCUUUCUGCAUUAACAGCUAUCACAGCAAGUAUUUAAAACCCAGGCCGGGCUUCUACCAGAGAAAUGGAUACCUUUUUCCGCCGACACUUUAAGAAGAAAAACAUGGCUUCUUGCGUUAAUGUCACAGAUUACUGCAGGCACAGGCGCCCCAGCGUGGCCGUGCCCAUUGGCAAAGCCAGGCGGCGGUCAAGCGCUGGGCUUCCCUCGGCCAAUCUGGCGCAGCGGCGACGCUCCAGCAUCCAGGUGCAGGGACUUCCUUUGGGGGGAGCCGGCCGUUGUCCAGGGGGGAGCCGGCUGAAAAAGGAGCGCUCGGCCAGACGCAGGUCCAGCACCACCACUCCCUGCCUCAACCCGCGCUUUGCCGUGCGGAGGAAACAAGGGGUCAGGCUGCGGACCAUCGACAGGCACCUCCUGGGGCCCUCCAUGCUGCUGGCCAGCCUGAUCCAGAUGACGGAGGAGGAUGAUAUUGGCUCUGCGCCAGCUGGAGAGGGGCAGGUUGAGGUGCGGCGGGAGGAGCCGUCCUGCUCGGACUCGGAAGGAGACAGCCCGUGCUCCAGCUGCGGAUCGGACAGCGACGACGACUGUGAGUGCUCGUCGGUUCACGACAGCUGGAGUGAAAUAUCAGUCUCCGAUCGAGAGUUUGAAGACUCUGCCGUUGCCUGGCCAGAAGCUCUGGAUACAUGUUAUUCUUUAGGAAACUCCAAACCCCUGAUCAGGGCACCCAGGUGUCUCAGACGGAACUCCUCACACCUCCUGCCUGCCGAAGCUUUGUUCUACGGAACAAAUUCUUACGGGCUGUACGGAAAAUACAGACGGACCAGUCAGAGACGCUGCUCCAACGGGUCCUUAACAUUGGGCGGCCGCAGGAUCUCGGCUGUUUCCAAAGCAGGCAGCCCCUGGCCUGGGCGGGGUGUUCCCUUGCCCAGCAGACGCAGUUCAGUGGCGGCCCGGCGAGCAUCGGUGUCCCUCUACAGGAACUGCUCUCCAUGCUGGAGGCACGGCACCAGGAGGAGCUCGCUGCAAGGCUGCUACUACGAUCCUAGACGUGAAACAUGGAGUGGGUUUCUCUCGAAAGCGAUUGCUAAAUCAGGACUUCAGCAUUUGGUUGCUCAGCCCUGUGCUUCUGCGACAGUGAAGAGUGACCCAGAGAGAGAGAUCCGAAGUACUGCGGACUGGAGUGAGAAUGCGCUGUACGGAGAGCACAUCUGGUUUGAGACCAACGUUUCUGGUGAUUUCUGUUAUGCUGGAGAACAGAACUGCAUUGCGAAGGCACUGCAAAAAUCGGUACCUCGGAAGAAGUGUGCGGCGUGCAAGAUAGUGGUCCACACCCCAUGUAUUGAGCAGCUGGAAAACAUAAACUUUAGGUGUAAACCUUCAUUUAGGGAAUCUGGGUCAAGGAAUGUCCGAGAGCCGACGUUCGUCCAACACCACUGGGUUCACAGGAGGAGGCAGGAGGGGAAGUGUCGGCAGUGUGGAAAGGGUUUUCAACAGAAGUUUGCAUUUCAUAGUAAAGAAAUUGUAGCAAUCAGCUGUUCCUGGUGUAAACAAGCAUAUCACAACAAGGUGACAUGUUUUAUGCUGCAGCAGAUUAAGGAGCCAUGCUCCCUUGGGGCCCACGCUUCUGUCACAGUCCCUCCCACCUGGAUCAUUCGGGUCAGGAGACCCCAGACCUCGCUAAAAGCAAGCAAGAAGAAGAAGCGCACCUCCUUCAAACGCAAAUCCAGUAAGAAGGGAGUGGAGGAGGGGCGAUGGAAGCCGUUCAUAGUGAAACCAGUCCCGUCUCUGCAGAUGAAACCGCUGCUGGUGUUUGUGAAUCCAAAAAGUGGGGGCAAUCAGGGAGCAAAGAUUAUCCAGUCCUUUAUGUGGUACCUCAAUCCACGACAAGUGUUUGACCUCAGUCAAGGGGGGCCCAAAGAAGGGUUAGCGAUGUACCGCAAAGUUCACAACCUGCGUAUACUGGCAUGUGGAGGUGAUGGCACUGUGGGGUGGAUCCUCUCUGUUCUAGAUCAGCUGCAGUUAAAUCCCCAGCCUGCUGUAGCUAUUCUUCCUCUGGGCACUGGAAAUGACCUGGCCAGGACUUUGAACUGGGGUGGGGGGUACACUGAUGAGCCCGUUUCCAAGAUCCUUUCCCAUGUGGAAGACGGGAAUGUCGUUCAGCUUGAUCGCUGGAACCUGAUCGUGGAUCCAAACUCUGAGACAAAUCCAGAGGACAAGGACGACACCGGCAUUGACAAGCUUCCCCUGAAUGUCUUCAAUAACUACUUCAGCCUUGGCUUUGACGCUCAUGUCACCUUGGAGUUUCACGAGUCCAGAGAAGCCAAUCCUGAGAAAUUUAACAGCCGGUUUAGAAAUAAAAUGUUUUACGCUGGGACUGCGUUUUCAGAUUUCCUGAUGGGUAGCUCCAAAGAUUUAGCGAAGCAUAUCAAAGUGGUGUGUGAUGGCACAGAUCUCACAUCAAAGAUCCAGGAUCUGAAACUGCAGUGUCUAGUGUUUCUUAACAUUCCAAGGUAAGAACCUCUUAAAUGACAUGCCUUAUCCACACAGAACUAUUGAUGGGACG